GAGUUCCUGCUAUCUUCAACAAACAGAAUACUUGCCAUUGAAUGAAUCAGUAUUCGAAAAUGCGAAAUCCACUUUGAAGAAAGAAAGAGUUGUUGUUCUUGUGGGUAGAAAUGGGCCUGCCAUACGUUCCUGCAUAAAACAACUUGCUAAACAGUUUGCACCAAACAACUGUUUAGUAAUGAGUAAUCCAGAUGACAUCAAAUACCUUGAUGCGGAAGCGGCAAUGGCAGUAUUUCUACACAUCACGGGACAGUUUGCAUUCGAUAUGAGCAAAAGUCGUCGAUGGUUCGAGUACUUUGACUUCAUUCAUGCUCGUGUGAAAUCAAACAAACUUCGCGUUGUACUGGCUUUUGAACAGUCGGCUCUUAAGCGCUGCAUCGACAAAAUUACUAACCAUGAGCUGCUGAGGCACACUGUGGAGAUAAACUACAAGGACGUUGAUGAAAGUCGCGUUAAAAAGGAGGCAACAGCUGAGGAUGAAUUUCCACCACCAGUUUCCACGGAGAGCAUGAUGAUUCAGACCUUCCCCGUACUGCCAGUCACCUAACUGACAUCGUCGUACGAUUGGAAAUUGACACUUUCUAUUUUGAUAUCACACUGCUGUCCUACAACAGGCUUCUUAUCAUAGUAGGAUACUCAUGCUCAUUUAAAU